GGGCGGCCAAGUAGCCGCAGCUCCCGGAGUCCGGGCGCCCGAGCCGCCCGCAGUCCGCCUUCCCACCUCCGGCCGCGCCGCGGGUCGGGCCCCUGGGAGAAGCCGGGAAAAAAAUGAGGAGUUUUCACCCGAACCCGUCGGAAAUAGGACUAAUUGCAAAGCCUUAAAAAAAGGACGUCGGGAGGAUUAAGGAAAAGCCUUCUCCGGGCUGGACUUGGCGUGCUCUGAGGCGAGGGGCUGCCUCAGGGACCGAGCCCCCUCCCUUUCCCGCUGGAGAAGUCGCCGCGGAUGCAUUAUCCAAGUGGUGGUUGGGCGGAUUUGCAGCAGAAUUUUUGGUUUUCCCUCCCCCUUCUAUACAUUCGGUUUUCUCCCCCUCCCGUUGCUAUUUUCCUUUUUCCUGGGAAGUGAGUUGCUGAUGUAAAUGGGACUCUAUUCAUUGAUGAUGCAGUCGGAUUCGUUUCAGGAUUAUGUUGCACGAAUUGAAUUUUGAAUGAAGGAGAAGAGUUUUUUUUCCCUUAAAGAAGUGUGGAUUCUUUAUUCGGUCGUACUUUUAUUUUAUUUAAGCAGACGAUUUAAUUGUAUUCUUUUAAGAUGUAUUGAAUAUAUAUUUGAUGGCAACACCUUCCAGGUAGAUGUAUAUGGGUGAAAUUGAAGACGCUUCAAUCAAGUGAGUUUCUUGGUGUGUUGGAUGUUUAAUUCAGCACCGGCAUUACAUGACAGUUGUUUGAAUAACAAGUGGUUCAUUUUUAAAACCACACCUCUCAGAAUUUAGGCUCAAAUAAUAAUAGUCAGAAGGCAGCAUACGAAUUUAAAGGCAAACCAGCGGAAAUUGAAGCCAACAUGUCUGGCGAAGUGCGUUUGAGGCAGUUGGAGCAGUUUAUUUUGGAUGGGCCGGCUCAGACCAAUGGGCAGUGCUUCAGUGUGGAGACCUUACUGGAUAUACUCAUCUGCCUGUAUGAUGAAUGCAAUAAUUCUCCAUUGAGAAGAGAGAAGAACAUUCUUGAAUACUUAGAAUGGGCUAAACCAUUUACUUCUAAAGUCAAACAAAUGCGAUUACAUAGAGAAGACUUUGAAAUAUUAAAGGUGAUUGGCCGAGGAGCUUUUGGAGAGGUUGCUGUAGUAAAAUUGAAAAAUGCAGAUAAAGUAUUCGCCAUGAAAAUACUAAAUAAAUGGGAAAUGCUGAAAAGAGCUGAGACAGCAUGCUUUCGUGAAGAAAGGGAUGUGUUAGUGAAUGGAGACAAUAAAUGGAUUACAACAUUACACUAUGCUUUCCAGGAUGAUAAUAACUUAUACCUGGUUAUGGAUUACUAUGUUGGUGGGGAUUUGCUAACUUUGCUCAGCAAAUUUGAAGAUAGAUUGCCUGAAGAUAUGGCUCGAUUUUACUUGGCUGAGAUGGUGCUAGCAAUAGACUCAGUUCAUCAGCUACAUUAUGUGCACAGAGACAUUAAACCUGACAAUAUAUUGAUGGAUAUGAAUGGACAUAUUCGGUUAGCAGAUUUUGGUUCUUGUCUGAAGCUGAUGGAAGAUGGGACGGUUCAGUCCUCAGUGGCUGUUGGAACCCCAGAUUACAUCUCUCCUGAAAUCCUUCAAGCUAUGGAAGAUGGAAAAGGCAGAUAUGGACCUGAAUGUGACUGGUGGUCUUUGGGGGUCUGUAUGUAUGAAAUGCUUUAUGGAGAAACACCAUUUUAUGCAGAAUCUCUGGUGGAGACAUAUGGAAAAAUCAUGAAUCAUAAAGAGAGGUUUCAGUUUCCAGCCCAAGUGACUGAUGUGUCUGAAAAUGCUAAAGAUCUUAUUAGAAGACUCAUUUGUAGCAGAGAACAUCGCCUUGGUCAAAAUGGAAUAGAAGACUUCAAGAAACAUCCAUUUUUUAGUGGAAUUGAUUGGGACAAUAUUCGAAACUGUGAAGCACCCUAUAUUCCAGAAGUUAGUAGCCCAACAGAUACAUCAAAUUUUGAUGUGGAUGAUGAUUGUUUAAAAAAUUCUGAAACAAUGCCUCCACCAACACAUACUGCAUUUUCUGGCCACCACCUACCGUUUGUUGGUUUUACAUAUACUAGUAGCUGUGUUCUUUCUGAUCGGAGCUGCUUAAGAGUAUCAGCUGGUUCCACCUCACUGGAUCUUGAUGCUAAUGUUCAAAGAACUCUAGAUAACAACUUAGCCACUGAAGCUUAUGAAAGAAGAAUUAAGCGCCUUGAACAAGAAAAACUUGAACUUAGUAGAAAACUUCAAGAGUCAACACAGACUGUCCAGGCGCUGCAGUAUUCAACUGUUGAUGGUCCAUUAACAGCAAGCAAAGAUUUAGAAAUAAAAAAUUUAAAGGAAGAAAUUGAAAAACUAAGGAAACAAGUAACAGAAUCGAGUCAUUUGGAACAGCAACUUGAAGAAGCUAAUUCUGUGAGGCGAGAACUAGAUGAUGCUUUUAGACAAAUCAAAGCUUAUGAAAAGCAAAUCAAAACAUUACAACAAGAAAGGGAAGAUCUGAAUAAGGAACUAGUCCAGGCUAGUGAGCGAUUAAAAAACCAGUCCAAAGAGCUGAAAGAUGCACACUGUCAGAGGAAACUGGCCAUGCAGGAAUUCAUGGAGAUCAAUGAGCGACUAACAGAAUUGCACACCCAAAAACAGAAACUUGCUCGCCAUGUCCGAGAUAAGGAAGAAGAGGUGGACCUGGUGGUGCAAAAAGUUGAAAGCUUAAGGCAAGAGCUGCGCAGAACAGAAAGAGCCAAAAAAGAGCUGGAAGUUCAGACAGAAGCUCUGGCUGCUGAAGCAUCUAAAGACAGGAAACUACGUGAACAGAGUGAGCACUAUUCUAAGCAACUGGAAAAUGAAUUGGAGGGACUGAAGCAAAAACAAAUUAGUUAUUCACCAGGAAUAUGCAGCAUAGAGCAUCAGCAAGAGAUAACUAAACUAAAGACUGACUUGGAAAAGAAAAGUAUUUUCUAUGAAGAAGAAAUAACUAAACGAGAAGGAAUACAUGCCAAUGAAAUAAAAAAUCUGAAGAAAGAACUACAUGAUUCAGAAGGCCAACAACUUGCUCUCAAUAAAGAAAUUAUGAUUUUAAAAGACAAAUUGGAAAAAACUAGGAGAGAAAGUCAAAGUGAAAGGGAAGAAUUUGAAAAUGAGUUCAAACAACAGUAUGAACGAGAAAAAGUGUUAUUAACUGAAGAAAAUAAAAAGUUGACAAGUGAACUUGAUAAGCUUACUACUUUGUAUGAGAAUUUAAGUAUGCGCAACCAACAGUUAGAAGAAGAGGUGAAAGAUCUAGCAGACAAGAAAGAAUCAGUUGCACAUUGGGAGGCCCAAAUCACAGAAAUAAUUCAGUGGGUCAGUGAUGAAAAAGAUGCACGAGGAUACCUUCAAGCCUUAGCUUCUAAAAUGACUGAAGAAUUGGAAGCAUUAAGAAAUUCUAGCUUGGGUACACGAGCAACGGAUAUGCCCUGGAAAAUGCGUCGUUUUGCAAAACUGGAUAUGUCUGCUAGAUUGGAGUUGCAGUCGGCCCUGGAUGCAGAAAUAAGAGCCAAACAAGCCAUCCAAGAAGAACUGAAUAAAGUUAAAGCAUCUAACAUCAUAACAGAAUGUAAACUAAAAGAUGCAGAGAAGAAGAACUUGGAGCUGCUAUCAGAAAUGGAACAACUGAUUAAGGACACCGAAGAACUUAGAUCUGAAAAGGGUAUAGAGCACCAAGACUCACAGCAUUCUUUCUUGGCAUUUUUGAAUACGCCUACCGAUGCUCUGGAUCAAUUUGAAACUGAUCCGGUUGAGAACAUAUACGUACGGAAUCCCAGUGUAAAGGUUUACCUCCAGUCAAGGUCCACAGUGUCUUCUUCCACAUCUAGUGAAGCUGAGCCAGUUAAGACUGUAGACUCUACUCCACUUCCUGUUCACACACCAACCUUAAGAAAAAAGGGAUGUACUGGUUCAGCUGGCCUCCCACCUAAGCGCAAGACUCACCAGUUUUUUGUAAAAUCUUUUACUACUCCUACCAAAUGUCAUCAGUGUACCUCUUUGAUGGUGGGUUUGAUAAGACAGGGCUGUUCAUGUGAAGUAUGUGGAUUCUCAUGUCAUAUAACUUGUGUAAACAAAGCUCCAACAACUUGUCCAGUUCCUCCUGAACAGACGAAAGGUCCUCUGGGAAUAGAUCCACAGAAGGGAAUAGGAACAGCAUAUGAAGGUCAUGUCAGGAUUCCUAAGCCAGCUGGAGUGAAGAAAGGAUGGCAAAGAGCAUUGGCUGUAGUUUGUGACUUCAAACUCUUUCUCUAUGAUAUUGCUGAAGGAAAAGCAUCUCAGCCUACUGUUGUCAUUAGUCAAGUGAUUGACAUGAGAGAUGAAGAAUUUUCUGUGAGUUCAGUCUUAGCUUCUGAUGUUAUUCAUGCCAGUCGAAAAGAUAUACCUUGUAUAUUUAGAGUCACAGCUUCCCAGCUUUCAUCAUCUAAUAACAAAUGCUCAAUCCUGAUGCUAGCAGAUAGCGAAAAUGAGAAGAAUAAGUGGGUGGGAGUGCUGAGUGAAUUGCAUAAAAUUUUGAAGAAGAACAAAUUCCGAGAUCGGUCAGUCUAUGUUCCAAAAGAGGCUUAUGACAGCACUCUACCCCUCAUUAAAACAACCCAGGCAGCUGCAAUUAUAGAUCAUGAACGGAUAGCUUUGGGAAAUGAAGAAGGGUUAUUUGUUGUGCAUGUCACCAAAGAUGAAAUUAUUAGAGUUGGUGACAAUAAGAAGAUUCAUCAGAUUGAACUCAUUCCAAAUGAUCAGCUUGUUGCUGUGAUCUCAGGACGAAAUCGUCAUGUACGACUUUUCCCUAUGUCAGCUUUGGAUGGACGAGAGACAGAGUUUUACAAACUGGCAGAAACUAAAGGGUGUCAAACUAUAACUUCUGGAAAAGUACGCCAUGGAGCUCUCACAUGCCUGUGUGUGGCUAUGAAAAGACAGGUCUUCUGUUAUGAACUAUUUCAGAGCAAGACCCGUCACAGAAAAUUUAAGGAAAUUCAAGUCCCAUAUAGCGUCCAGUGGAUGGCCAUCUUCAGUGAACAACUGUGUGUGGGAUUCCAGUCAGGAUUUCUACGAUACCCCUUGAGUGGAGAAGGAAGUCCAUGCAGCAUGCUUCAUUCAAAUGACCAUACACUCUCAUUUAUUGCACAUCAGCCAAUGGAUGCCAUCUGUGCAGUUGAGAUCUCCAGUAAAGAAUAUCUGCUGUGUUUUAACAGCAUUGGGGUAUACACUGACUGCCAGGGCCGAAGAUCUAGACAACAAGAACUGAUGUGGCCAGCAAAUCCUUCCUCUUGUUGUUACAAUGCACCAUAUCUCUCAGUAUAUAGUGAAAAUGCAGUCGAUAUCUUUGAUGUGAAUUCCAUGGAGUGGAUUCAGACCCUUCCUCUUAAAAAGGUUCGACCCUUAAACAGUGAAGGAUCAUUAAAUCUUUUAGGAUUGGAGACAAUUAGAUUAAUAUAUUUCAAAAAUAAGAUGGCAGAAGGGGAUGAACUGGUGGUUCCUGAAACAUCGGAUAACAGUCGAAAGCAAAUGGUUAGAAAUAUUAAUAAUAAGCGCCGUUAUUCCUUCAGAGUCCCAGAUGAGGAAAGGAUACAACAGAGGAGGGAGAUGCUACGAGAUCCAGAAAUGAGAAAUAAAUUAAUUUCUAACCCAACUAAUUUUAACCACAUAGCACACAUGGGUCCUGGAGAUGGAAUACAGAUCCUAAAAGACCUGCCCAUGAACCCUCGGCCUCAGGAGAGUCGGACAGUAUUCAGUGGCUCAGUCAGUAUUCCAUCCAUCACCAAGUCCCGCCCUGAGCCGGGUCGUUCCAUGAGUGCUAGUAGUGGCCUGUCAGCAAGGUCAUCUGCUCAGAACGGCAGCGCAUUAAAGAGGGAAUUCUCUGGCGGAAGCUACAGUGCUAAGCGACAGCCCAUGCCCUCUCCAUCAGAGGGCUCUUUGUCUUCCGGAGGCAUGGACCAAGGAAGUGACACCCCAGCGAGAGACUAUGACGGAGAGGACUCUGAUUCUCCAAGGCAUUCCACAGCUUCCAACAGUUCCAACCUGAGCAGCCCCCCAAGCCCGGUUUCACCCCGAAAGACCAAGAGCCUCUCUCUGGAGAGUACCGACCGUGGGAGCUGGGAUCCGUGAGCUGCUGUAGCACUUGGACCAGGGUGGCUCUGGCUGUCAGCUCCUCUCCACUCGGCCCUUCUCUCACUUUUCAUCUCUUCCCUCCACCUUGGCCUGAAGCCCGAAAACGACCAGGGGCUGGUGGCAACAGCAGGGUAGGGACUCAAAGAGUUCUGACAACACACCUCACAGAUCCACACCCCCAGCCUAACAGCAGCAACAAAGGCAGACUUUCUUUCAUCAGCUUACAUCAAUAUUGAUUUCAUUCCAUUCACUUAGAGUUGCUUUCAGUAAUAUUUUACUCCUCCCUUAAAAGGUAGCUUAGACAGAUUACACAAGUGUAAGUGAUAAGAAUAAGAUUAGACAGGUUUUGUUUCACAGUAGAGCCUCACUUUAGUCCUUAAACAACGCAUGGAUUCUCCGCGUCCAGAGGGGAGGACUGGCCCUGGAGCGGCACACUGAGCUCACUCAGCAACCGCAGUGAGUGCACCUGAUUGUUGCCGGGAAGUCCUUAUGAAUGAAAACAAUGCAUAUUUUACUACAGUAAAGAGUUUAAAUAAGUACAUAAAUGUAGAAGUUAAAUACUGAAUGUAUAUAGCAAAAGAAGCAUCUUGUAUUCAAUGAAAGAUGGGUGCAUAUAUGAGAAAGAGAUCAUUAAUUUAACAAAUGUGCUGUUUCCUGUGUGUUUUCCAGCUUGGUAAGGUAGAGAGUAGAAGGGCCUCAGCUGACGUAGAUAGAGGGAAGAGAGGACUCAGAGUCCCUUCAGUGCCCUGGUCUCGGCCCGUAGUGUGUCACAGGUGCCUGGGGAGCCUGCAGACUUGGGUUUUGCUGGUUUGCAGGGCGGCCCAGUCACUAGAGUUUGGACAUUUGAAGCCACUUCAGCAGUGGCAUCGAAAGGUAAACUCACCUCCUCUACCCAAGACAUUUCUGUUUCUGGUGGUACAAUUUGAACCACAUGUCUUGUUUUUUAUCACAUGAUAUCUUCUGCAGGUGAAUGUAGAAAUAUGAUUAUGUCACCUUCUGAUCCCUUCUGUCUCAAAGUGUACGAAGAUUGUCACAGCUUCUGAAGGCCCAUUAAAAGGUCAUCAAAGUGCUUUUUUUCCUGGGCUAACCCUGUAUCUCCCUAAGUUACAGUGAGGUGUCCAUUUAGGGACUGGAGACAGUUUCCCACGGAGCACUCUGUUGAGAGCAGGUAUGAGCUUUUCAGCUAAGCCUGGGAAAAAAGGGCUUUUGUUACCAAAUAAUGUAAAACCUCAAAAGCAAGGACUUGAACAGCCUUAACCAAAUAUUCUUUACCAUAGCCAGUGGAGAAUGGAUGUGAGUGACUCUAGUGCACAGGCAGGGAGUUAGCUGGGCAUGGCCAUUGGGACUGGAUUCUUCCUAGGUUGCUUUGUUAUAUUUCCAUUUGAAUUCCUGCUGUUUUAAUUGCCAUAAGGAAAUGAGAUGCAGAGCCAGAAGUACUUAUUUCUACAGUCAUUUCACCAGUUAAACACAUGAAUAGAACAAGAAAAAAUAAAAUUUAUCUCAUGGAAGAGAAUCUGUCUCUUUUACUUUUCAUCUAGUUUCCUUGAGAAAUAGAAACCAUGUUUUUGCCUCCUUUCUUAGAAUGCAGCUAAAAUGAUAACAGUUCUGUAUUUGUGUCCUGGGUUGCAGUGUUUGAGCCCUGUCAUCUCACCACUGGUCCCUGGCAUCCCUCACCCUUUUGUUAGCAAGCCUGCCGCAGGCUAAAGGACCUAAGCGCCCCCCCUCAAGUUCCUGCUACUUCGUGGGGGUUACAGAGAUCCAGAGAGGGACAAAGGAUCCUGUUGGAAGAUAUUGCAAGAUAUUCUGAUAGAGAAUUUUAAAGAACAGCCUUUACACUUUAGCAUUCUGGAUUUGGUGGUAGCUGGCUCAGAUAUGAUUGCUUUAUUUUGGAUGAGCAUAAUACACUUCACACUUCUAAUCUAAAUCUUUCUCCUUUUGGAAAAGAAAUGUCUUGUAAAAGUAUUUAUGUACAUACAAAUAUCAAGGGUUGAGCCUCAAGUUUGGCAAUUGCUAUAUGACUCUGGAAGCUUCUUAAACUUGGCACUUUGAGAGCAGGGACUGAACUAGGCAGCCAGCAUGUGGGGCACUUGCGGCUAUCUCCCCACCCUCCUUCUCCUACACCUCUGGUCCUCUGUCUUUCCUUCUCCUUUCUCCCAGGCAGUGGGGGCAGACUCAGGCCAAGAGUAACAGGACAUCACAUUAAGCCAUCAGUUUGUGGCUUUGAUGAUCUAAUGAAUUUUUGUUGCCUGUGGUGCUUCUUGUUCAGACAAUGCUUUUAGAAUUGAACUAUAACCCUACUUACAGGUUCGGCUCUGGUGUAGUGAGUUGUUCUCAGCCUCUCAGCAGGGCAGAUGAGAGUGCCCCUGAAGGCUUGCUGUGGCUGCCAGGCUGAUCAGGCAGCAAAUUCCUGUUCAUCCCUGGGAUCAUCAACCACAGUAGUCAACAGAGAGCAGUCCCAGGUGCGUUUAGAUGGGGGGUGAAGCACUGCCAAGAAAAUCAUAUGGAGGGAAGUUUUCCCAGGAUAACAGUAGCCUGCUGGGCUAACGUCACCCUCAGGUAAGGGGACUGCUACUUUCAGCAGCUUCUGAGAAGCAUGAUUUGAAAAGAUGGGGAAUGGGUUGCAGGGAACCAGAAAAUUAAAGGAUCAUUUGAAAGGGGUCACAGAAAAAGAUCACAGGAGGGGUAUUUUUAUCAGUAUCUGAAAUCAUGCUUUGUUUUCCUGCAGGGCAUUAAAAAAAGGGGGUGGGGGGGACAGCAGGGAAUCAUUUCUCAGUAGAAAGAAAAAGCACUCUCGGAGGCAUUUCUGGCAUGGUAUGUCUGUGUUGCUAUUUGGUGCUAUCGACGUCCAGCCACUUGGUUGUCCACUCUUGAAAUUGGACUGAUCUUUUCAUGUGCUUUGGGUGUAUAAAAUUUCACACACACACAAAUGCAUGCAUGUCUUUUUGCCAAAAACAAGCCUUCCUGUUUGUCAAGUGAUGGCUAAGGCAGAUUUCACUUCUUUAAUUAUUUUGUAUACACACACACACACGUGAUUUAUGUUCUUCUCCAAGGGACACAUCUGUAAGGUUAUAAAAUGUAACUUAAAAGGGCCCAUCGAUUUGGUCUUCCAACCAGUUCUUGUUCACAGUCUACAGGAGAGAAACUGAAUUCCUAUAUUUUCUGGCUGGCUCUCACCCUCCCUCCUUCCCUAUGGAUAGAAUCAUGUUGUUUUGCCAUUAAGUGGCCACAUCCAUUACUGAGAAAAACUAGUUGUAUUUGUGUGGAAUCUCAGGUAGCACUAAAGAGCAAGGGUGAGUGGACUCCUAAACCACCAGAGGCCACAGGAUCCUUUGCCAGCCUUGGCAGUCAUCACAAACACUGCCAUCGCCUAGCUGCGUGGGCGUGGCUGAGGCUUCCCACCACUGUCCAGUCAGAGGCUGCUCAUGCUGCAGGUCAGAUUUUGCCACAGUACAGGUGCCCUGGCACAACAGGGACUUAACUGGGUGCCACACUUCCCCACCUCUCCCUGGGCCAGUCCCUGAAUUAGAUAAGCCAUGUGGCAUUUCACUGAGCCCAUUUUAAAACCUCUCUCCUAGUUAUGAUUUUAGUUAUUGCUCAAAUCCCGAGUUCUCUGUGAAGUCCAGCUAGAUAAGGAGGGUCUUGCCCCAGCAGGAGUGCUGCUUCCCUGGGUGGGCCAGGUGGGCACAUCUUCCAUCCCUGGGACUGACCAGGAGCCAUCACAAUUACAGAGGGGACUCACUACAACAAACCUGGAAAUCUCUUGAAAAUAAGAUGACCUGCCUUUUUAUUUGAGAGUGUACUAUCAUUUAUUUUAUAAAUUUUUUAGGGUUUUUUCUCAUUGUAAUAUUAUUGUACAGUUUUGCAUGGCCUAGGUGUAAUCAUUUUUUGUUUAGAAUUUAAUGCUGACAAAUGUGUGUAUGGAAGAGGUAAAGAUACUGCUCUGGCCUCUUCAUCACUCCUUAUGUUGUUUUGUUUGGUUUUAUGCCCUUAAUGUCUUAGAGAACUUAAGAGAUUCUCUGCUACCAAACAAUGAUGUGGAUUCUUUUGCACAGAAAUAUUUAAAGUGGGAUAGUAAGACAUGUAACAAGACUUCUCACCAAUAUUUUGUGUUGGUAUCACUUAAUAUUAACCAGACUUUGAUGUAUUGCAAUAAAACAGGGAACUAUUAGACUUGAGUAGUUUGUCUUUC